GAUCCUGUUUUGGACGUCGCAAUGGAUUCUCAGGACAUCAGAUACCGUGGCGGAGACGACAGAGACGCUGCAACGACGGCUAUGGCUGAGACCGAGAGGAAAAACGCUGACGACAACAAAGGAAAACGCGAUCAAAAGAGGGCGAUGGCGAAACGCGGUCUCAAAUCUCUGACGAUAGCGGUUGCGGCUCCUGUGGUCGUGACGCUCUUCGCCACGUAUUUCCUCGGCACAAGCGACGGCUACGGGAAUCGAGCUCGGUCGUCGUCGUGGAUCCCACCUCUGUGGCUCCUACACACCACGUGUCUCGCGUCGAGCGGUCUGAUGGGAUUGGCUGCGUGGCUUGUAUGGGUCGACGGUGGCUUCCACAAGAAGCCCAAUGCUCUGUAUCUUUACUUGGCUCAGUUUAUGCUCUGUUUGGUUUGGGAUCCGGUUACGUUCCGACUCGGGUCAGGGAUAGCCGGGCUUGCGGUGUGGUUGGGUCAGUCAGCUGCGUUGUUCGGAUGUUACAAGGCCUUUAAUGAGAUAAGUCCGGUCGCUGGUAAUCUGGUAAAGCCGUGUUUGGCUUGGGCUGCGUUUGUAGCCGCUGUUAAUGUAAAGCUUGCAGUCGCGUGAGAUCUGUAAACGCCCCCAUGUUUGUAGAGUCAUAUGAGUGUUUUCUUUCGUUUUUGUGAUAUAUACAUAAAAGAUGUCAUUGCGAUCCAAUGGUCUGCUCAUUGUGGAGUAAUUGACAUGAACAUGAUAUACUUGAGAAAUAAUGUGGUAUCUCUGCAUCUAUACAAGUUUUAAGCGUUGGUUAUUUCAGUGUCUAUGUUGAAAUCAAACAGUGAGAUUCUU